CCAGGGUUGGCCUGUACACCACCUACCUGUCUUUUUUUUCUUUCUCUUUUGCUGAAAGCCAUGUGAUAGUUACCUAGUCUGCAGGCAUCAAAUGAUAUAGUGAUUUUAUGCAAGUGAAAGGUUGCAGUUUGUCAAUGCAACCCAAAGCAUCUGCCUUUUAGUGCUAGCAACCACCACCACACCGGGAAUACCCGCAAAGUAUUGUCACGUCGUGCCAUUUCAACAGGCACGCUUGAGAUUUGGGAUCUAAAGAUGGGGGAUAAAGAUGACCAGUCACGGGAGAAGGAGGAGGGGCAGCUUACAGCGUCUACGAUAGCCGACGACCAAGAGAUUGAUUUUGUGACUUUGGGAAUGCUAAUCAUCGAUGACAUUGAAUACGCACCACCUAAGCCGCCGGUCCGCAACGUACUAGGAGGCGCCGGAACCUAUGCCGCACUGGGCGCGCGGCUCCUUUCGCCGGCCCCGACGCAGUCCAAGCGGGUCGGGUGGAUCGUCGACCGCGGGUCCGACUUCCCGCCGCAGGUAACGUCGCAGAUCAACAGCUGGCAGACGUCGGCCCUGCUGCGCGACGACCCCUCGCGCCUCACCACCCGCGGCUGGAACGGGUAUGACGACCCCUCCGAUCCGGACCGCCGCGCCUUCCACUACGUCACGCCCAAGAAGCGCCUCACGCCCGACGACCUGGCCGCCUGCCACCCGGCGCUGCUGGCCGCUGCCGCCGUGCACAUCUGCUCUGGCCCGGCGCGGUGCCGCGAAGUCGUAGAGUCGCUGCGGAGGCUCCGCCGCGCCGCCAUGGGUGAUGCUUACCGCCGCGCCCUCAUCGUCUGGGAGCCCGUGCCGGACCUGUGCACCGUCGACGAGCUGAUCGAGGUCACAAAGACGCUGCCGCUCGUUGAUGUUUGCAGCCCUAACCACGCGGAGCUCGCGUCCCUGAUGGGCGAUUCGGGUCCAGGCGCGGGCCUCACUCCAGACGGCGAGGUGGACACCGACGCGGUCGAGCGCUCCUGCGUCCAGCUGAUGGAGAGCAUGCCGAUGGCCCGCGUCGCCAUGGUGGUCCGGGCCGGGCCGAGUGGGUGUUUUGUGACGCGCGGUGGCGGUGGGCCGCGGCGGAGUCGGGGGAGCAACAAGGGGAGCGGUAGUGGUGAUGACGGCUGCGCAAAGGUUGUCAAAGUUCACGGGCGGGAUUUGCAGGCCGGUGUCGACUUUGAGGCUUUGUUCUCGAGCAUGAUGAGGACCGAUGACGGUCGGAUAGCGCGUGACGGCGAUGAUGAGACGGAAGACGAGGGCGAAGAUGCCGAGCCCGAGGUCGAUCCAGGCGUGGACCGCUGGCUGCCCGCAUUUUUUCAGCCCAAGGAUGCUGCCGCGGGCAGAAUUGUCGACCCCACGGGAGGUGGCAAUACGUUCCUGGGUGGGCUCACGGUUGCGCUUGCUCGCGGCAAGGCAGUCGAGGAUGCUGCGGUAUGGGCGAGCGUGGCUGCCAGUUUUGCUAUUGAGCAGAUUGGCAUGCCCUCCUUGGGCACCGACAACCAGGGAUUCGAAACGUGGAAUGGUGUGCGCGUGCCGACAAGGCUUGAUGAGUACUCCAAGAGACUGGGCCUAGAUCCCAAAGGUUAUGUGUUAUAACAUGUUGGUUGCAUUGCAGGAGUUGUACUGGAGAAUCAAGUGCUAGACUAGACCAUGGAUCAUGUCGGAUGUAAAAAGGAUGCAUUAAGAUUGGGUGAUGCGAGUAACCAUACAAUAAAAUCGGGUUUCUUUCCAAGAA